AUGGCUCAUUGGAUCUCUUCCAAGCUCAAAGCUGCUGAAACUCUCCUCCAUCAGAUAGAUCAGCAAGCUGCAGAAUCACUGGGUAAGAAUGAAAAGCCGCGAUCCGAUGAACAAUUUGGUCUUGAAACCUCGCCAAGAACGGCGCAGACUAGGUCGUUGAAUAAGGAGAAGCUCAAAAAGAAGGUGCCAGAAAAUGUCAGUGAGAAACAUGAUUUAAAGAAUAAGAACGUGGCAUCUAGGGGUGAGAUUGGGAGUCAGAGUAGCAUUGGAGCGUUAGGGAUUAGAGGUUUGAAGAAAGAUGGUAAGAAACAGGGGAGAUCGGGCUUGAAGGCACUAGAGGGGAUAAGGACAGAGAAGGAUCGGAAUAAUGGUGUUCUGAAGAGUUCAAGAAAAUCUAAUGUUGAGUUGGAGAAUAACGCAAAUGGUGGUGGUAGUUCGGAUAGUGGGAGGGCAAGUGACGUUGGAGGUGUGAUGCCAAGAAAUUCGAUUACUGAGUUGCAGAGUGAUGGAGGUGAAUCAGUUCGAGAGGACACGAGUGAUGCAUUUGUACCUGAUAACAAGAAUGAGGCAAAUAAAGGAAAAAAUGAAGAGGUGAAUGGCAUUGGAGAUGGAGAAAAUCUACGUCCUACAGAUGGUUUGACAAAUGACAAUUGUCCCAUGGAGAUGGUCCCGGCUUCUCUUGAUAGGAAAUCAGAUAUGAAGUUUCAAUUAAAGGAUGGCGAGAGGUUUAAGAGCGCAAUGUUAAAGAACAAUAAGACGAAAGUAGUUUCCAGAAGUUCAAGUUCUAUGAAGAAGGGUUCUUCCCUAAGUAAUGGUGAGUCUGAUUCUGAGACAGAUUCAACUUCGUCUUCAGAUUCAGAGAGAGAACGAGAGAGGGCAGAAAGAAUAAAGAGAAGGCAGCAGGUUCUGGCAGAAAAGGCAGCUGCCAAAACAGCUGAGGCUAUCAAAGAUCGAGAGAAUCAGGUUGCUAAAUUGCAAGGGGAGAAACAGAGUUUAGAGAAAAUACUUGAAGAGCAUGCCAAACAGCAAGUACAAGAGGCUUCAGAAUUGCAGACAACAGUGAUGGAGAUUAUGGAAGCUGCUGAUUUAGAGAAGCAGAAACAUAAUAAUACUCGAAUGGAAGCACUUGUGAGAUUGUCAAAACUUGAGACUGUGAAUGCUUACCUUGCUAGGUCUCUUGCUGCUGCACAGAAAAAUCUUGAAGUAGAGGUUGAUCUUAUCGCUGAAUUUCGUCAAAAGAUUCAGUUGAAAGAAGGAACUCAUGAAGAAUUGAGAAGGAAAAUAUCAGCUAUGAGCCAAAAUGGGGACAACCUGGUAGCUUCAAAAGGUGUCGAAUUUGAAAAGAAGAUGCUUGAAGCAGAGUAUUCCUCUGUAACUGAUAAAGUGCAACACUUGCAAGAAAAGACAAAGACACUGGAAACAAACAUGGAAACAACCCAAAUGGAAAUCGAGAAUCCAACUGCAGUGGAAAUUCAGCUCAGGCAAAGGCUUGAUCAGUUGACUGACCAUUUGAUUCAGAAGCAAGCACAGGUUGAGGCACUAUCCUCAGAGAAGGCUACGCUGCUUUUCAGAAUUGAGGCAGUUUCAAGGUUACUGGAUGGAAACAAGUCGAUUAUGGAUUCAGCUGAUUUUCCCAGUACCUCUUCAAGAGAAGAUCUAGAAUCCGGUGUGUGGGAACACGCUAAUUCGAAGUUCAGGCCUUCAUUUAAACAGAAAAUUCGAUCCGGGCAGCAACAUUUGGGAUUAUUGAUUCGACAGUUGGAUUUAAUCUUUUCUUCUGGUGUCAUCUUUUUAAGAAGGAACACAACUGCUAGGAUUUGGUCCGCUGUCUACUUUAUAUGCCUUCAUUUAUGGGUGUUGUACAUUCUAAUAUCCCAUUCUCCAGUCUCAGAUGAUAGUAAAUCUGGUGCUGUUGUUUCCCUGGAGAAUAUCAACAAUACUGGAGGUGUCUAA